AUGGCAGAUCUUACAGACAUAGAAAGCAUCACCAAAGAUUACUCAUGGAAUAAGUUUUUGGAGAUCGUCGAAAAUAAAAGCAAAUAUAAGUAUAAGGAUGUUCGAGUCGACAUAGAUUGGACAAGGACCAAAUUUGUGGCAUCGGACCCAAAUUUCAACAGCAUUGGCAAUGGACACGUUAGUGGAAAACCCAUGAAAGGAAAAAUUCCUCCACAGCUGAUCGAAAUCCCAAAAGCUCAAGAGAUUUACAGGUCUGUCUACGUCAACAGAACAGAGGGGGAGCAGGAGCAUUCUAUCUCCAUGCAAAGAAGCACCAAGAGCAUCUGCAAAGCUUACGUCAACAAAGGAUACACUAAAGGAAUCAACGUAGGACUCAAACUGGCCGUGCCGGGAGAGGUCGCAAAUGCCACAGCCAAUUUUGGAUACUCUGUGAACGUCACAGACAAUUCUGAAGAGUCCACAGAGCAGACAAUGACCUGGGGAUCCGACUGUAAGGUCAAGGUUCCUAGAAAUAAACAGGUGUCCGCCAAAAUAUCCAUCACCGAGAAGGAGUACAACGCAUCCUUCCAGAUGAAGACAACCAUUUACGGAACGGUGCAUAUAGCAAUCCACAGCAGACUCGACGACAAGUUCUUAUUUUCUUUGGACGCACCGUUCGUAGAAAUUAUGAGAUGGUACUGCCAUAAAGAAUGGGCAUUUAGAGACUGCACUAUCAAAGAUAAGGAGGUAGAUUGGGACGUCAGCGGAAAUUGCUACUUCAGAUUUGGUGUGGAGCAAACAGUGGAAAUUCAGCCAUCUCUGUAGAAAUAAACAAUGUUUUGUGAUGUUUGUUAUAGACAAAACACACCACUAGUUGUAUUUAGAAUUUGUUGAUCACACAUUUUCAUAUGUACUAUACCCAUGAUGCAUUCCUUGAGAUUUAUUAACAACUUGAUUUCAUAUUUUAAUCCCAGAAGUAUAUGAAAUUAAAAGAAACUUUAUAUGAAACUUGUAUAUGUACACAUUUCAGUGUCAAAAUUUGUACCAUGUUUGUCUUUAUAAAUAUCAUAUGAAAAUGAUAUAUAUAUGAUGUUGACAUGCUUACAACAUCCGUCCACACUAUAUUAUUUACGUCCAUCUUUGUGCAAUUUCCAUGCUUUUCAUAUGAUUUUCCCCAAGACAUGUUCGUAUACAUGUAGUAACAAAGUACACUUAAACAGAAUGUGAAAAAAUCUGCCCAUUUUAAAUACAUUGCAAAAUUUGUUUAUUCAAUCUGUGCAUAAUUACAUAAUUCAUUCUUAUAUUCAUGAGUAAACAUACAAAAUGCACGUAAUAUAAUUAGCAAAUCUAUUUCACUGUAAAUACCUGUAUCUUACAACAAUAUGUAUUUUUUUUUUCAAUAAAUGGAUAUUUUAAAAGUACA